AUGUCGUCGAGCGCAAAUACGAAGAUUCAACGGAAAAACGAAUUGUAUGAAGUCGGUCCCGGGUUCUGGAAUGUUCGUGGUCGAUUCCGAAUGUUUGCUCAAAAAGUCGAUGUCGGAACACACAUGUCAAUCGUCCGGUUAAGUAACGGUAAUUUUGUUAUUUUCGACACUGUCGCACUUGACGAUCAUCUCAAAGAACAAAUCAAUCGAUUGACUGAUAAUGGAAAUCGAAUUGAAGGUGUUAUUGGUACACAUUCGUUCCAUACACGAUCGUUUCUAGACUUUUAUCAAACAUAUCCUCAAGCGGCAUACUAUGGCACACCAAGACACCUACGUCAACUACCAGAGAUUCCAUGGUUAGGAAGCCUUGAUAAUUGCAAUGUUCGACAAAAGUGGGAACCGGAUGUGGAAAUGCGUAUUACAGCAGGUGGUGAAUUCAUCAAUCCACGACAUGGAUCUAGUCAUUUAAUGAGUGUAUUUAUGUAUCAUCGUCCAUCGAGUACACUUCACGUUACAGAUACAAUUAUGUACACGGAUAAGUUUACACCAAUUCUUCGCUUGUUUGGAAUGGCUCGUGACGUAAUGAUUUUUCACCCGUCCAUUAGAACACACGGUUUACAUCCAACGGCAGAUGCUCCAUUCGUAUUUCGUGAUUGGAUGCGUAAUGUGCUACAGGAUUGGCCGUUUGAAAACCUCUGUUGUGCUCAUCUCGAUGUGAAAAUUGGCGAUGCGCAUCGUUUAGUCACACAACUUUUAAAUAAGACAGAGUCGCUGUUUAUUAAAGUAAGUAAAAAGAAUAAAAAGAAAAAUCCUAGUGGAGAAUUGCCAGUGGGUAGUUUCCCGAAUAUCGAUGUGGUCGGAGAUGAAUGUGGAUGA